AUGAGGUUCCACUUGAGAUCCUUCCUACUGACGUUCUUAUGUGUUCAAACAACCUAUUCUCAAACUAAUAACUCAUUAGCUAGUAGCGAUCCCAUUGAUAGUAAUUACGAAUCUAUUAGUAUUACAAGCAAUGAUAUUAUUAAUACCACAAUAACAUUAACUUCAACCAGAGAAGAUGCAAAUUUAAGCCUUUUUUCAUCUUCAUGUAUCACUCCACCCACUACAAAUGAGAUCUACUCAUCAAAAGACUGCGAUAGUGGGUCCAAUACGCCAACCUCUACUUUUACGAAUAUUUCUGCUAAUACUCCAAUAAUUAUUUCAACUAGUAAUCUAUUAAUAACUUCGAGUAUAUCUAGAAGAAAAUUAGAUGCUUCUUAUUUAAUACAGUCUGGAGAUAUUAAUCUGGGAAGAAGAACAGAUCCAUUCCCUCAUAUCUUCGAUGAGAUAAAUACAUUUAGCGAUGUGACAAAUAAUGUUAGUGAACCCUUAGAUGACAAUCAAAAUAUCGAGAGUUUACCACAUCUUAAACCGGAUGAUACUCAAUUAUUAGAUUCUGAUAAGGAGUCAUCCCCAAGCAAUCAUUCGGCCAAUACUUUUCUUUCAUUUGAUGAAUGGAAAAAGGCAAAAGUUGACCAAGAUUUAGUACUAAAAGAGGCUAAACUUUUACGAACAAGAGAACCAGGGAGCCUAGCAAGUACUUCUAAUGAUGGCAAAAAUUAUGGUAUUGGAGAAGAAGCUGAAAUAGACUUAGGCUUUUUAACUUCAAAUAAGCUGUUGGAUGAUACAGAUGAAAAAAAUACUGAAGACUCUGAAGAACUUGAAGGUAAAAUAUAUAAAGAUAAAUUUAACUUUGCUUCUUUUGACUGUGCUGCUACUAUUGUGAAGACAAAUUCUGAAGCUUCUGGUGCAACUUCUAUUUUAUUUGAAAAUAAAGAUACUUAUCUUUUAAACCCAUGCUCAGCAAAUAACAAAUUUGUUGUUAUUGAAUUAUGCCAAGAUAUUUUAGUUGAAGAAAUUGUCCUGGGAAAUUUUGAAUUUUUCUCUUCAACUUUUCAUAAUAUUAGAUUUCUAGUAUCAGAUACAUUCCCACCAAAAAGUGGUAAAAAUGGUUGGAUUGUUUUAGGGGAAUUUGAAGCUGAAAAUUCAAGAAAUUUACAGAAGUUUACUAUAGAUAAACCACAAAUUUGGGCAAGGUUUUUAAAAAUUGAAAUUUUAAGCCAUUAUGAUAAUGAAUUUUACUGUCCGAUUUCCUUAGUUCGUACUCAUGGUAAAACAAUGAUGGAUGAAUUAAAAAUGAGUAAUAAUCAAAACCAAAUUAACAAGGAACAGGGAGACAGUAAACGUUUGGAAGAAACUGUGAAUGCUGAACUUAGCGUUAAGGAAAAUAAUAUGCACAUUGAUGAUGGCACCAUAAAUUAUUAUGGAAAGCAAAAUGGAUGUGGAUCUAAUAAAAAUGUCUUUGCCGUUCCAAAAAUAUCUAACGACUCGAAUUCAAACUCAAAUAUUUCAUCAUGCCAAAAACAACAGUUUCUUCGAUUCGAAACAUUUUUGAAUACAUAUAAUAUUGAUAAUAAGUUUUGUGACCAAACUUGUGAAAGAAAUAUAACAUCAACUUCCACAGUUGCUACUACAGCUUUAACUGAAGAAUCUGUUUUUCAGAAUAUUAUUAAAAGGUUGAAUAUUUUAGAGAAGAAUUCCACCUUAUCAGCAUUAUACAUUGAAGAACAGAGUCAAUUACUAUUCAAAGCAUUUGAGCAACUUGAAAAAUCCUAUACUUCAAAACUUGGUAGUACAAUAGAAAGCUUUAAUAAAACAUUGUUAAAAGAUUUAAAUUCAUUGAAAGUAUUUGCUACAGAUUUAAAAGAUCUUUCAGUUAGAUUACUGGAAGAACAGAAAUUAGCCAAUUUACAAUCUCUAACGGAGAACCAUGUUCGUUUAGAGUCCUUGGAAAAUGACUUAAGUUCGAUAAAAAGAAUUACAUAUAUCUUAAUGCUAGUGCUUUUAGCAUUAGUUUCCUAUAUUUUAUUAAGCAAAGACACGGCCUGGGAUGAGGCAACUAAUGAUGAUGAGUGGUUACAUUCUAAUUUUACUAGCGGCCCUAAAAUUUUAAAGAAAAGUAAAUCUAAACAACUAUUUACAGUUCAUAGUUUUCCAACUGAUUUUGCGGAGCUUACUUCAUUAACAUCAUCUAAUUAUGAGAAAAGUAUACCAGACAACAGUUCAUUACCAGAAUUUCACCCUAAUAAAUCACCAAAACCUUGGUCAUUAAAUAAUUUAUCAGAUACUGAUAUGGACGAAAUGAGCGGGUUUAGCUCAGGCGUUGAUUUUCAAAAAGGUAAACUUGCUGAGUAA